AUGGGGCAAAGUAAAUUUCUUUUUCUUCAGAAAAGGAAGAAUAGAGAAGUAGAAAUGAAAAUCACGGGAUGUGUCUGUGAUUGGGCAAAUCGUUUUCAAAUGAUCGGGGGAGUGAACAGAAGAUGCGUAAAAGUUGACAAGAUUGUCCUGAAAAUGCGGUUUUCAUUGAGGAAAAAGCACUUGAAAUCUUCUCGUCUGCCACUAUUUGAUUCUUAUAAAAUUGAAAAAUAUGAUAAUGAAGAUCCUGCCUGGGAGGAUGUGAAGAAGCUUGAAACUGAUACAGAAAUAAAAAAGAAGGAAUCUAUCAUACGUCGUCGUGAACUCCGUAAUACAAUUCAACUGCCGGACUUGGCUUUAUCUAUAAAUUCUGCCGGAAGGCAGAGCUGCGGUGUUGGAGUUGCAGCAAUCCUUUUAUUGCAGUCCUGCUUUAAGUGUAGAGACCCAAUCAUCGGAAUGAUUGGAUUCCUCAAUCUAUAUCUGGAUUUGACGAUUGGAGCCUAUCUCAAGGAUUAUGUGACCUUUUAUAUAGCUCUCGGACUAUUUCCGUUGAAGAACUUAGCUGCCAUUUCACUUCGAUCUUCUCUCUCAAAGAUUGUUCUUGAAGACGAACGAGGCAAAACAUUUUUUCUUUUGGCCUUUGUCGAAGUGGCGUUCUUUUAUUUCGGUGAUCUGCUGCAAAGUCAAGUUUUCCGGUACCUGGGCUCAGAAGCUUACCCGAUACUUUCCUAUUUGCUAGUGAGCACCUUUCUCAUAAUCGCGUUGUGUACGUUCGUAUUUCAAUUUAUAUCCAUCGAUACAGAACAUUUGUUCAGUGCAGCCUACCGCAAUAUACCCAUCAGGAGAUAUUCCAGAAGAAAAGAUGAAAAUGACGUGUUUGCUGAAUGA